AUGUCUCCGACCGAGAACAUGCUGCUGGAGGCUUCCUCGCCGACCUUCGUCACGAACGGAACUCUGCCGAGCGUGUCGAUGGCGACGGAGGAACCCGUGGCUUCGCCUGCCACGAUCGCCACGCUGGCUUCGCUAUUCGCCGCCAUCGGCAUAUCGGGGGUGCUGGGCAACGCGUUUGUGGUGUGCGCCGUCCUUGGCGACCGAGACAUGCGCAGCUCGGUGACCAACCUGUUCAUCCUUAACCUGGCACUGAGCGACCUCACCAUACUGCUGGCGUGCGUGCCGGACAUCGUGCUCUUCAUCCGGAACCGCGGCUGGGAGCUGGGCUUGGGCAUGUGCCGCGCACUGCGCUUCAUCGAGGUCAUGGCACUCUACGCGUCCGUCAUGACUCUGGUUAGCGUCUGCGUCGAGCGGUAA